AUGGUUCGUCAUUUUUUCUUAACGCGUCGUGGAAAAAAAUUUUUAAUGAAUCGAGAACCGAAAAUAAUCGAAAAUGAUAAAAUGGCAUUUAUCAUUAAAGGUGGCAAAACGAAUUCGAUUGUUUCAAGUGCAUUACGCGAAUUUUAUUUAUUAAAAAAACCACUCGUUCAACAAUUGAAAAAGAAAAAUCCAUACCAUCCAUUUGAAGAUGAUACGAGUAUCGAAAAAUUCUCUAUGAAAUUUGAUUCAUCACUUUUUUUAUUUGGUUCGAAUUCUAAGAAACAUCCGAAUAGUUUAAUAUUUGGUCGAAUGUAUGAUUAUCAUAUUCUCGAUAUGGUUGAAUUGCGCAUAGAGAAAUUUGUCCCACAUGCAAUUUUAGGGGAAAAGCCUUGUAUAAUACUUCAAGGUGAUUCCUUUGAAUCCGAUCCGUUUCGGCGGAUUGGAAAUCUUAUGGUCGAUUGGCUUCGUGGUUCUGUUGUCAAUAGCAUCCGCCUGGAAGGUCUUGAAACUGUAAUUUCGCUUACAGCGAUUUUUGAUAAGAUCCUUUUUCGAGUUUACAGAAUUUGUCUGAAAAAUUCAACAAGUGAUGUUCCUCGGGUAGAAUUAUUAGAAUCAGGACCACGAAUCGAUUUUUCGGUUCAAAGGAUGAAAUUGGCUAGUGAAAAUCUAUUGAAAACAGCGUUAAAGCAACCGAAGCAGCUUAUUGCAAAACCUCGUAAAAACUUAUCAAAUAAUGUUUUUGGAACGAAACUUGCUCGUGUGCAUGUUGGUAAUCAAAAUAUAGAUGCUUUACAAACUCGGAAGGUUAAAGCAUUAAAGCGGAACAAGGAGAAUUGA